CGGCGUUACACCGAAAUCACCUAUACCCUGCUGCUGAAGCGCCGCUCCUCUUUCUACAUCUUCAACCUGCUCCUGCCCUGCUUCCUCAUCUCGUUCCUCGCCCCGCUGGGCUUCUACCUGCCCGCCGACUCCGGGGAGAAGGUGUCCCUCGGGGUCACGGUGCUGCUGGCCCUCACCGUGUUCCAGCUGCUCGUGGCUGAGAGCAUGCCUCCUGCGGAAAGCAUGCCCUACAUAGGAAAAUAUUACAUCGCCACGAUGACCAUGAUCACAGCUUCUACCUCUCUCACCAUCUUCAUCAUGAACAUUCAUUUCUGUGGCGCUGAGGCCAAGCCCGUCCCACACUGGGCCAAAGUGGUCAUCAUCGACUACAUGUCCAAAAUCUUCUUCGUCUACGAGGUGGGGGAGAACUGCACGACACCGCAGAGCGAGAGGACCCCACUGUACCCCGAGGAGCCAUUCAACGACAUUGGCGGCCAAGAGGAGGACCGUCUUCAAGACACCUCACCACGAUGUGCCAACAGCAGGAACCAAUGUCACUACAACAACCACAACAACCACGCCUCCAGACUGGAGAGGGGUGAGGCAAAGCGAGAGCCCGCUCAGCACUACAACCACAUCAGGCAGGAGGAACUGGACUAUCAAGCCCCUCCACAUCCCACAAACAUGUGUCACAGAGCAGUGGAGCGGUAA